AACGUUUCUCAUUGACAGUAAUGACAGUUGCCGGUCGCACUAAAAAAGUUGAAUGUGAUAAACGAACGUUUCUAAUCGAGUCAGCUGAAAAAACCUUACGUUUAUUUUAAUACAUCAAAACAUUUUCACCUUGAUAAUUACUGUGUUGAAGCGGUGACCAAGAUGCCCGUAGACCAGAUUCAAUACUCUGAAAGAUACAAUGAUGACGUUUAUGAAUAUAGGCAUGUCAUCCUACCUCCUGAUAUUGCUCGGCUAGUGCCCAAGUCCCAUCUGAUGACGGAGACAGAAUGGCGGAACCUCGGAGUGCAGCAGUCCCCCGGUUGGCUCCAUUUCAUGGUUCACAACCCGGAGCCCCAUGUCCUGCUGUUCCGGAGACCACGGACGGACAUCCAGCCACCGGUGAACGGGUUAGAUAGUAAUACAAGCUCAACUGUCAAAGUAUAGAUUUAGAAUGUGGGUGUUUUGUCUAGAAUUAAAAAUUUGGUAUAAUAUAUUAAUUCUAGCCACUCAUCAAUUUACUUGCGUAAGUUUAGACUUUCACAAAUACGAGUUAUAUUGAAGUGACCACCAGUACGCUUGUACAAAUGACAAAUAUCAUUCCUGUCAAAGUAAGCGUCCAGGUGUGUUGUUCCUUCUACCUUUUUCGAAAGUUGUACAAGUCCAAAAUUUGCGCAAGUGUCUUCGAAAAUAUCGCUUCAUGUGUGGCUAGCAUAAUGAAGAUGGGAGGAGACAUGAGGGAAUUGGUUCUCUUCAUCAUUCUGCUGAAUGUUGUUGGUUUAUUCCCGUAUGUCUCCUCUCGUCUACAUAUCAGAGGACAGCCUAAUGCAAUGCAUCAUCUUGUACAGUUGCCUCAUUGACAAGGCGUUAGAGUGCACGUUCGAUAUCUCUGAUGGCGACUAUACAUAGUCAACUUUAUGUCAAACUUAUUAUUUGAAAGUCUAAACAAAACAUUACAUAAAAUAAUUUUAUCAUCCUUGAAAUUAGCAAUAUCAUUUUAAAUCAACUAAUCAUUGAGGUCAUGAAUGUAUCUGAAGUUUUAUCAAUUGAUAAUGACUAAGGUAAUGCAUGCAUAAUUCUCCAAAACGAAAUGGCGCAGCUGUAUGUAAUGGAUGUAUAGCAUCGUUCGCAGACGUUUCUGCUUAUUAAAAAAUAAUUUGGAGAUCUCUUGUUGAUUUAUGACUUUUAUGAAUAAUAUUCUAAUUCCAAGGAUUUUUUGUUAUGAUUAAUUUCCUUACUUAUUAUAUGAAAUAUUUAAACAUGUUAAACGACUGAAUAUUGUAAAGCUGUGGAGUUUAUGUGAUAGUUUAUAAAGUAAGGAUGCUACCGAAGAAUUCCGUACAUUGACCUGCUUGGUCCUACACGCAUAUUGCUG